AUGGAUCGGGUCAGUCGUCUGUGCCUCCUCUUUGACCAGGAUGAAGCUCUGUUGCAGGUCAAUACGGGGUUAAGGGUGGUCCCCCCGGAAGAGAAUCACGGCACCGAAAAGGAUUCCAGUGGCCAGACCAGCGUUCUUGUGGAGGAGCACCUCGAGAAAGCCUCACCUAUCCAGACAACUCAGCAACACCCCGACCAGCCCCCAGCUCACACCACCAAACCCGAUCAGGAAUCUGAAGCAUCGACUGCAUCAUCCGAACAACCCCCCCAAGAUCCUCUGGAGCACGACGGGUCUUUCUGCCCCCUGCUGGCUAUUUCCAGAUAUCCUUACAGGUUCCUCAAAGACAAGCUCUCUCAGAGCGUGGCCAGCCGAUUUUUUGACCGCGGUCAGUUCUGGAGCAGAAGCUGGGAUGUUUAUCAUUGCCAUCUCCCUCCUCGUCUCGGGCCCAAAUAUAUCCUCCUCGUCCCUGCCUCCCAAUUCCGGAAGCUCAUCCGGGAAAUCAAUUGCGAGUUCAAGUGCCAGUUGUCGCUACCCCCCAACCAAGGAUUGCUUCUUCCCUUUCGGGAGAAGAACUGGUAUCCCCAGCCCGUUUUCCUCGGUAAAUGCGAUAGCCAACAGAUCAAAGAUGAGCUUCAGGCGAAGGUCCCUCCCCCGGUCAACCACGACCAGUGCCUCCCGGAGCUAGAUGAGCAGUAUCUGGAAUACGAGACGAUUCUCGAGGCGGCAUGGGAGGCGACUCGAAAUAAGAAGUCUAAAAGCAAAAUGCAGCAGCGCGUACAGCACCAACAGCAACUGGUACAGUGUUAUGAACGUAUACAGACAUACCUAGGAUGGCGCUCGCACGAAUCGGAGAGUCGACCCGACGUUCUUGACGCCGCCUCAUGGGCAGACAAGGCCAACUUGCAGAAUGUCGUCCCCAGCGCGACUGUCUGGGGAAUGACCCAGCCCAUGCCGUACCCCUUCUGGAAGGACCCAGUGCUCAUCAGCGUCGACAUCGAGUGUAACGAGCGGUGCCAUUCCCAAGUGACGGAGGUGGGCAUCACAACUUUAGACCUGUCGCGUCUAUCGGGCGUUCCACCGGGUCAGCAAGGGGCACAGUGGACGACGCAAAUCCAGUCACGCCACCUGCGGGUGCGCGAGUUCGGACACAUCGUCAACCACGAGUUCGUGGCCGGCUGCCCUGCGAACUUUGACUUCGGCACCAGCGAAUGGGUGUCACUGGCCGACCUGGCGGCGGUGGUGCAGGCGGGAUUGACAGCUAAGGACGAGGCAGGCGAGCCGCGUACGGUGGUGGUGGUUGGCCACAACCCUUCGAUGGACCUCGCGUAUCUCCGAGAUAUGGGGGCGCCCGUGGAGGUCAAGAGCAACGGAGUCGUCGACAUUGUGGACACGGCGGAGACCUGGCGCAUCAUACGGGGCGAGACAUCGCCGCGAUCCCUGGGAGCGAUUCUGGUGGAACUGGGGAUGGAGGGAUGGCACCUGCACAAUGCCGGCAAUGAUGCACGGUAUACGAUGGAGGUGCUGAUUCGGAUGAUGUUGAACCAUUUUCAGGAGGUGGGCAAAGUGAUGGGCAUUAGUUAG